CUCUGAGGGUUGGGGCAAGGGGCUGCCAGGAGCUCCCCCAGGUCCUAGCAGGGCUGGUGAGACCUGAUUGGGCUGGUGGGGGGAUGAGAGGCACUGGUGGAGUCUGUGGCUGGUGGCAGUGGUGUCCCACUCCAUGGGCAGCUCCUGGUCUGUCCCCAGCCCUGGUCAGGGUCAUGGUGCUGGGAACACUCCUGGUGAAUUCCUGCUGGGGUGGGGCUGGGGACAGAGGAGCCCUUGAUGUGCUCCUGGGUGCUCUGCCUGCCUUUGUGCUGCUGCCACCUGUCCCCAACAAGUCCUGGGGAUACCUGAGGACCUAGAUGUCCCUGCUGUGUCUGGGACAUGCUACUGCUGGCUCAGCCCUCCCCUUGCAGGGACCACCAUGGCUCCAGCUGCCUCAAAGCCCCCUGGUCGCACGAUGACAGCUCCAGUGAUGUUCUCAGGCAUGGGGACAGGGAGGGUUCCUGCUCACCCCCACUCUGAGGAACCCAUCAUGAACUUUGCCUUGAGGCUCCUGGAUGAGGAUUCCAGUGCCACCGAGAAGCUGCCAGUGCUCAGCCCCGGCUCUAUGAUCCACUUGGAAGCCAGUGUCCACUUCAGUCCCAGCAUCUCCAUGAAGAUCCACGUGGAUCAGUGCUACGGGACCACCACGGAGCAGCCAGGACACUCCAGGAGGGUCUUCAUGGUGGUGAACAGCCGUGGAUGCCUGCACGGGGAGAAGCUGGGGAAUGUGUCUGUCCAGCACCAGAGAGGGGGGUCUGUCCUCCAGCUCUCCAUCCCAGCCCCCACGCUGGAGGGUGAGCCCGAGGAAGAGCAGGUCUACGUGCACUGCCUGCUGAUGGCACGGGGACAAGGACUGGCCACCAGGUCCUGCUUCUACAGCCACGCCACAGCCAGCUGGCACAACGCGGAGGACCCUGCCCGGAGUGCCGCGUGCUACUGCUGUGACACCGGCUGUCCCCCUGCUGACACCCUCCGUGGAGACAUGCCAGCAUUCCCAGGAGAAGGGGCACUCCACUGGGAGACUGUUGGACCAGUGCUGGUACAGGAAAAGGUGCCAUGGUACAAAGCGCCAUGCCAGACGGUGAAGAGGCUCCUGCUGGCCGGGCUGGCCCUGGUGGGCAGUGCCAUGCUGGUGGUCGCUGUGCUGGGGGGGCUGCUGGGGCUGGCCCUGACCACCUGGCGCCUGGGCAGACCCCGGCGGGGACAGAGGCCACCAAGGCAGAGGUGUCCCUUCCAGGUUGAGCUGCAGAGCGUGGUGGGAGCCCUGGUCCUCAGGGAGACUGAGAAACAGGGCGAGGUGGGACCAGAGCCCCUUUCUCCUCAAUAAAUGUGGUUUUGUUUUC